CAUUAACCAAUGGCAACAGGAGUCCAAGGAUAAAGUGAUUUCCCUCCUGUUAACUCACCUGCCUCUGCUGAAGCCAGGAAACCUGGACGCGAAAGCUGAGUAUAUGAAACUGCUGCCCCAGAUCCUGGCGCACUCCAUCGAGCACAGCCGGCACAUCGAGGAAAGCAGGCAGCUGCUGUCCUAUGCGCUGAUACACCCGGCCACCUCGCUGGAAGACCGCAGCGCUUUAGCCAUGUGGCUGAAUCACCUGGAGGACCGCACCGCAACCAGCUUCAGUGGCCAGAGCCGCAGCCGCGCAGACUCUGUGGAUUACGGGCAGACGCACUUCUAUCACCAAAGACAGAACUCCGACGACAAGCUCAACGGGUGGCAGAACUCUCGGGAUUCUGGGGUUUGCAUCAAUGCCUCCAGCUGGCAGGACAAAAGCCUGGGGUGUGAGAACGGCCACGUGCCCCUCUACUCCUCGUCGUCUGUCCCCACCACAAUCAACACGAUUGGAACCAGCACAAGUACAAUUCUCUCAGGCCAGGCACACCACAGCCCUUUGAAACGAUCUGUGUCCCUUACCCCACCCAUGAAUGUGCCAAGCCAGCCUCUAGGACAUGGAUGGAUGUCUCAUGAGGACUUGCGAGCUAGAGGACCUCAGUGCCUCCCACCCGAUCAUGCCCCCCUGUCUCCACAAAGCAGUGUAGCCUCUUCAGGAAGUGGUGGCAGUGAGCACUUAGAAGACCAGACCACUGCUCGUAACACAUUCCAGGAAGAAGGGAGUGGUAUGAAAGAUGUUCCGGCCUGGUUAAAAAGUCUCCGCCUGCACAAGUACGCUGCGCUUUUCUCCCAGAUGACCUACGAGGAGAUGAUGGCCCUCACCGAGUGCCAGCUGGAGGCUCAGAAUGUUACCAAAGGCGCAAGGCACAAAAUCGUCAUCAGCAUUCAGAAGCUCAAAGAGAGACAGAAUCUCCUGAAGUCUUUGGAAAGGGACAUCAUCGAGGGGGGCAGCCUGCGUGUCCCACUCCAGGAGCUGCACCAGAUGAUCCUGACCCCCAUCAAGGCCUACAGCUCCCCGACUGCCACCCCUGAGGCCCGCCACCGGGAGCCCCAGGCCCCACAUCAGCCCUCGCUGCUGGGCCCGGAGACCCAGAGCCCCGACUGCAAGGACGCUGCUGCUACCGCCACUGGUGCCACAGCCACCCCCACAGCUGGGGCCAGCGGCGGGCUGCAGCCACACCAGCUGAGCAGCUGUGAUGGGGAGCUGGCAGUCACCCCGCUGCCCGAGGGGGACCUCCCUGGGCAGUUCACACGCGUCAUGGGGAAAGUGUGCACACAGCUCUUGGUGUCCAGGCCUGAUGAGGAAAAUAUAAGUUCCUACUUACAGCUCAUAGACAAGUGUCUGAUUCACGAGGCAUUUACAGAGACACAGAAAAAAAGACUGUUGUCAUGGAAACAGCAGGUGCAGAAGCUCUUUCGGUCUUUCCCUCGGAAAACCCUUCUAGACAUAUCAGGAUAUCGACAGCAAAGAAAUCGCGGUUUUGGGCAGUCCAACUCCCUCCCCACGGCGGGCUCUGUGGGCAGCGGCAUGGGCAGGCGGAACCCGCGUCAGUACCAGAUUCCCUCCCGGAGUGUCCCUUCUGCCCGCCUGGGCCUCCUGGGCACCAGUGGAUUCGUCAGCUCCAACCAGCGCAGCCCUGCAGCCAACCCCACCAUCAUGAAGCAGGGGAGACAGAACCUCUGGUUUGCCAACCCCAGUGGCAGCAACAGCAUGCCCAGCCGCACCCACAGCUCCGUGCAGAGGACCCGCUCGCUGCCGGUGCACACGUCCCCACAGAGCGCACUCAUGUUCCAGCAGCCGGAAUUUCAGCUUCCUGUGACUGAACCCGACAUCAACAACAGACUGGAGUCCUUGUGCCUCAGUAUGACCGAGCACGCCCUGGGAGAUGGGGUGGACCGGACCUCCACGAUCUAGAAGCCGAAGAUGAGAGUGACCGCGCUGGCCGUGAACCGACUGCUGCGGGUCCAGUGUCAGCAUCUUCAGGGCUGCGCAGAGUCCUCCAAGAUACGUUCAGCCUCUUUCCCCCGGUCCCUCUCCCGUUUUGAUUUGUGAGAGCGUAGGUCAUCCUUGUAAACGUAUCAGUAGACCUGGGAUUGGUCAUUUUGUCAUUUGUUUCUGUCAUGGGACGGUUUGGUGUGUGGGGUGGGGAGGGGUCUUAGGGAACACAGGCCUGGGAAGGGUGGAGGGGAUACGAGGAGCUUCCCGAAAGCGAAGGGGAAGUCAGAGUCCUGGCCUGAGAGGGACGCGGGAGGGAGGGGGCCUUCUAGGAAAGCCUGGCGCACAGACCGCAACAAGGGCACGUGUGUCCCAAGGAGACGGUCCUGACUGCAUCUCCCCGAGGCCUUGCUUAGAAGACCCACAAGAGAGGGCCCUGCAGCAGCAGGGGUGAGAAGGAAGAAAUUCUCUCCAACAAAACUCCAGAUAAACUUUGAUUUGUGUAUUGUUUACAUGACAACUUCAAAGGGUACAGAAUGUGUAAAGAGUUUGGGCAGAACUUCUCUACAGACGAUGGUCUUUGUAAAGGAUGUGUUGUUAUGGGUUCAUUUUUUUCUCUAUUUUUAUAAUAGCAGCAGGGUUGUGUUUUAAAAUGGCUGCCAAGCUCUGCUUCUCGGGAAGGGGGUGCCCUGGGCCCCUGUGUCACGUGGGCCAGAGAGGUCUUCUCUGCCAGCAGGUGGGAGGGACAUGUAGGUGGAGGUGAAGGACACAGAUGUGGCCAGAAUGACACAGGGUGAGGGCAUGAGGUUGAUGCCACCACGUGGUCACUCAGAGUCCGAGAGAGCCCAUGGCCUCCUCCCAUGCUGGCUCUGCUUAUCCCCUGCCCCAGGUCCCCGGCACGGGGCUCCAUCCUGUCCCUCCCAGCCUUGCUCCACAGCCACACCAGUGGGUGUAGGUUCCCCUGGAGGAGGAAAGGCAGGGAUGGACUCUUCCCUCAUGAGAGGUCUGAUACCCAGAUGGUGGGGUUGCUGGCAGGACCCAGAGCCCAGGGCUGCAGCCCCUCCCCUCAGUCACUGCUGAGGAAGAGCAGGAGGGGAAGGCCCAGCAACAGUGUAUAAAGGUCACAGCAAGUGCCAGAGAGAGUGCGCAGGGCGGCGGGGCCUUCAGUGCAGGCGGGGAGGGAAAGAAGGCGCAGGGAAGGGUAGUGUCACGGUGGAGACAGUUACGGGUUUCCUGUGUAGUUGGCUGAUUUACCCAUCCACACAGAGGGGAGAGAAAGACACUCAUUACACAGUGAGAGCUUAACAAACUGUGGUACCGCAGAGUAAUAGCUCUAUUUCUUAGGGCAAGAAAAGCUGCGUUUCAGAAUUUGAUGCGGGGUGGGGAGGGUAUUAGCAGAAAUGAGAGCAGUCGCGCUCAGUGCUGGAAAAUCGGGUUGUGUAAAUGUGGGGAGGAUGCUCAGCCAGUGGCUAGAUCAGGGAGGGGGUGUAAGGCUGGUUUAUUAAAUGGAUGAGUCUGGGGUUGUGUUUUUUAAGUGAAGUCAGAGUCAAGAUUAACAUAAGACCAUGAAAAUCACUGCACUCGUUGGUGGGGUGUUUUUAAACUAAUGGAAGUAUAUAUAGAUUUUAAAGGCCUUAAUGAAAUCUAAACAACUUUCUUUUACCUUCAAGAUUAAAAAGGUAGACCCACCCCAGUCUGGAACACUGCAACACGGUUGUGAAGUCCUGUACAGUCUAGAAAGGUGACAGCAGUGGAACCAGAGAGCACCUUCCCUGAGUGGGGAGCCCUGGGCCCACAGUCACAGGCAUGGCGUGUAACAGGUGCAGACCUCUCCUUGGGUAACUGACCUCUGAAGGUGCAAGUCCACGCACAGAAAGAGACAGCGUUUCUUAGUUAAUUAUUUUUAACCAAGUGCCAUUAACAUUCAUCUUCCACGUCCCUUUUCUAAACAAGCUCAGUGUUAUUUGGGGAAUGUGUCAGGAUGGAUGACCACAGCUAAGGCAGGAAGAAUAGGUCAAAUGUUGAAGGCCAAAGGUAAGACCAGAGGGUUUGGGGAUGUGUUUUUUGGAUGCUGAGAAAGUUGUUAAAGAGAAGAAACCACGUAUUGCACACUUUGUUGAGAAAGAAGAACGUGUUCAGAUCUCUGCAAAACGCAUCUGUAAAGACUCGUGUCGUUUUGAAAACAGACUGUGAACACAGUCACAUCAGCAUGGAUCCUUUAAAAGGAAGAAGAGACCUUAAAGUAUUUGCAAAUCUGAAUUUCUAUUUAUUCCUUCACUGAAUAGAGAAACAACAGUUAUCUGAUUAUUAGAGAUAUUAUUUUGGAUAUGUUACUUAUUAACUUGCUAUGGCUGGUAACCAUGAUAAAGUCUGUUAUUAAUAACAACAUAAUUCUUUUUUUAAAAAGAAAGAAAAGCUUAUUUUUCAUUGACUAUGUACAGAUUUAUCUACUUAGUUAUGUUUUGCUAUUAGUGUUUUGUUUUUUAAGUUGUGUGUUCUGAUGAAUCGGAGGAGCCUCCCGUCCCCCUCGUUCUGAGUCCUGUGCUGACUGUAGGUGUACAGCGCAAUUUACAAAUCCUAAAGCAAAAGAAUUUUAUUUAUAAAAGAAUCAAACAGUUGCAUGCACAAGGCUGUGAAGUCGAAUAUUUAGUACUGUAGCGGCAGUGCCUUUUUUGUAUUUACCCACUGACCCCCAGAUGCAACUGUUUUAUAUUAAUAGUAAGUGAUUUAAAAUCCCAGGGUAAAAUCUAUUUCACUACAUGUUCCCCCUGUGUUCUGAUUUAAGCCAUGUGUCCUCGCCAUCUCCACACUGUCCCAGGGACGGUGGUGUCCUGUAGAGUUGUUGUCACGUACGAUGUUUUACUGGUGCUUUUAUUCAUAGUGGUUUCUUACCAGAAACAGUAGGAAGAAACUCGUGAACUGUGUACAAGACAUGAGACGCUGCUGCUGCUGUUUUUUCCACAUGCUUUUGAGUUUCACUUUUUAAACAAGAGCCAGCCAGCAGGAUAGACAUGCUAGGUCUGCCUGCCAAGGGCGGCUGUUUGCACCACACCUCCUGAUCCUAUGUGUAGAUGGUCCCUUUUUUUUGGUCCCCAGGAUUUGAGCUACAGCCUGGUCCUGUCUCUCCCAUUCAUUGAAGAGACAUGAAGGGAAGCCGGGCUUUCUUUGGAGGUAUCCUUGGCUGCCUUUUACGGAAUGGAGUCUUCCCCAGGUCCUUUGGUCUUCUGUUCUUCCACACCUCUGGUAGUUACUGCUGGUGCAGAGUUUGUGGAUAUGUCUCCCCGGGUCCAGGCUGGGGGCUGGGCAGGGCUGAGCGCACAGGCACGAAGCCAAGAGGACAGCGAGGGGAUGCAGAGCAGGCCCCCAUGUCCUCAGCCCUCUGGACAGGUCUGCAGCAGGCGGCUCCAGCCUGGGCACGGGGAGGCAGCCUGACCAGGGCACUCAGGACUGCCUGUCGCAGGAAGAACCUACCGAAGGAUAAUUUGCACAUGGGGCUGUGAUAACACUAAUGUUGACUUUUUUUUUUUUUUACAAGUCAUCAGAGAUGUUUGCAAAGCGUGUUUUAUUUUUUUGUAACCCCUUUAUCUUUACUUAAAGGUGAAUGUGUAUUCCUCUGGGAGGAAUAGGAAGAAAACAGGAAUGCUAGUGAUGUUGAGCAGAAGAUUCCUCCCUAGUGCCCCUGACCUCCUGUGUCCAUGCCUAACGUUGCUGACUUUUACAAAGACUUCUCGUUGCAUGCCCCGUGCAGGCACCGUUGUAUUGUGCGUGCAUGCGUUUCGUCCUGUUUUCCUGUAUAAAGUUAGUGAACAAAGAAAUAUUUUUGCCUAGUUUAUGUUGCCAAGCAAUGCAUAUUUUUUAAAUUUGUCAUAUAUGGAAAGAGCAUGUUUGUUACAUGUAAAAGCUUUACUGAUAUACAGAUAUACUAAUGUUUGAAGAUGCUGUUCUUUGCAAGUGUACAGUUUUCAGAUGUUGUUACAGUGAAACACCCUUGUGGUUUAAACUUGCUACAAUGUAUUUAUUACUCAUUUCCUCCCAUGUAACUAAGAAUCAUGGCUAUAUUUCAUAUCAACGUUAUACUGAAAGUGAAGGGAAAUGAUUAAUACAAGGUUUUGUAACA